AUGGAUCUUCUAGUAGAAGGAAGUCUAAUUGUGGCGAUGAAUGAGUUUGGAAUCAUGAAGAGUUUCAAAAUAACGAUUUGCUAUAUACUUCUAUAUUUUUUAAUAGAUUUUGGAAGAGGAAGAUUCAAAUAUUUGUCACUUUUAAGCGCUUUACUUGGUAAAUAUCUGUUUACAAAUGCAAUGACUGAAUUAGGAUUUCUUUUAAUUUGGUUUGGCAUUGCUUAUGGACUCAGUCUAUUGAAAAAAUCUUUUAAAACUGUAGAGGCAAACAUUCUCGGCUUAAUUUUUGCAUCUUUUUAUAUGCUUUAUUUUCAAGGCAAUCUUCCAUAUGAAUUAUCUAUCCCUUCACAAAUGGUCACUUCACUUGGAUUUUUCUUGCUAUUUCUUACCUUGAAUUCGGAAAAUCAAUUUCCGUAUAUUAUUAUCUCAUUUUUGGCUAUUUCUCAAGGAUUGUAUUUAAUUUUCGAUUUGAAACUUAUAGCUUUUAUCCUUUUGCAUUACAGUAUGAUAACAACAUGAGCCAUCACAACUAUUCUCGGCGUUAUCGCUGUCUAUUUUUGCAAAGCGAAUUUUAAGUUGCAUCCUAUGGUCAUUCGAAAAUUAUUCCAUUUCUUGAUUUUGCAGAUUUUGCUCCCUGGAAUUUUUCAAGACCCUAUACUUACAUCAGUGGCAUUUUUAAUGGCAUUUUGAGGGUUUUUGAUGGUGGAGACUUUGCGACAUAUAAAAAUUUUUGGGUUUUUAAAUGAGUUUUUGAAUAGCUUUAUUGACACAAGAGAUCUUGGAGAAGUUAUUGUUACCCAUGUUUAUUUAUUGUUUGGGUGUGGAGUGCCAAUUAUUAUAGGAAAUUUUUCAAAUAAAAAUUUAUUGGUUAUGUGCUCAGGACUGAUCAGUCUAGGGAUUGGGGAUUCGAUGGCUUCUCUAUUCGGAGUAAAAUUCGGAAAGAAAAAGUGGCCAAAACGCAAAAAGACUUAUAUUGGGACUUUGGCGGGUUGGAUAUCUAUGAUCAUUUUUGCAAAACUGAUAGGAUUUGAAUUAAAUUUGAUUUUAAUAGGAGCUUUAGGGAUAAUUUCGCUGUAUGAAACCUAUACUCUCCUAAUCGACAAUUUAGUGCUUCCAUUGUUUAGCUGCGGCCUAGUGCUCUUGCUUAAUUCAGUGCUCUAUAACUAA